AUGACUCUGAACCUGUCUCCAACCUACAACAGCCAUUCAUCCGAGGAUUUUGCGCAAACUGAUGGUAAUAUUACCCAGGCUUUUGGCGCUAUGGACGUCGGCUCCUUUGAUUUUAGCCAAAACCUCCAGGUAAUCGUUUCUGAAGACAACAAUGGGGAGGCACUCCUUGAAGAGAACUCAAAGGAUCAUGAUCCUGAUUCGUCCCCCAUUUCUGCUGACGAUAUCUUCUUUAACGGCCAGAUUCGGCCAAUGUUUCCAUUAUUCAACAGAGAUCUCCUCUUCGCCGACAGUCACGAGGGAGACUCCGAGGCUUCGGGCAAAGCCUCGCCUCUUCGGCCUCCGUUGAGGAAGCUAUUCGUGGAAAAAAGUGAACAUCCUUCGUCUUCCUCCUCGUCAGAGUCCGAUGAACUUGAGGGGGUGGCCCCCGAAACCUACUGUGCCUGGUCGGAAAAGGCGGUAGAGGCGUCACCUGGGGCGUGUAAGAAGAGCAGUUCCACAGGAUUUUCGAAGUUCUGGAGGUUUCGAGACCUGGUCCUUCGGAGUAACAGCGACGGCAAGGACGCAUUCGUGUUCUUGGAUCCGUCGGCGGCGAAAGCGAAAACGGUUCAGACAGACGAAAAGGUCGAAAGAGCGAAAAAGAUCGAGAAAACAGAAGUUUCGGUGGAGAAGAUAAAUUCCGGCGAUGGAAAGGUGGGCGGCGGCAAGGUAAAAGGGGAAAAGAGGGUGUCGGCACACGAGAGCCUCUACAUAAAGAAUCGAGCAUUAAGGGAAGGAGGGAGACGGAAAUCUUACCUACCGUACAGGCAAGACCUGGUUGGAUUCUUCACCAACGUUAAUGGCCUCAGCCGGAACGUACAUCCCUUCUAA